AUGUCUGCUACAAACAAGCUCAAGAGCAUUGUCCCUCUUCUUGACCGCGUUUUGGUUCAACGCAUCAAGCCUGUUGAAAAAACUUCUACUGGUAUCUUCAUCCCUGAGAAGGCUCAAGAGGCCAUCAAUGAAGCCUAUGUUGUUGCUGUUGGUAAGGGCGCCCUCAACAAGGAAGGUGGUCAUAUCCCUCUCCAAGUGAAUGCUGGUGAUAAGGUCAUUCUUCCUCCUUUUGGCGGUAGCCCUGUCAAGGUUUUGGGAGAGGAAUACCUUUUGUUCCGUGAUUCUGAGAUCCUUGCUAAGGUUGUAGAGUAG